AUGCGGAGUGGACUCCGGGUCUACCUCAUCUCACCCAAAAGGCGGACGAUCAGAGCCGUUGGGCGUUUCAAACCUUCCCAUGAAUUGAAUUCGACAUUUGUACCGAAAAUAUGGUGUCUACAAGUGGAUAGCAGCGCAAAACCCACGGUUGAGCAGAGGUACAAUUGGGAGGGGAGGGAGUCGGGGUCUGAGAAGGAUCGGAGCCGAUCCUCCAUACGGAGUACCGUCCCCAGCGAGACCCAAUGGAUGGAACACACUAUCGAACAGGGCACAAACGGCUCGAAACGCACCUUCCUUUUUCUCUGGAGAAGCCCACUUAAUGUCCUCUCCUCUUCUCCGCCCCUCGUUCUCGCGUUCCCAGUACUCCAUAUGUUUACCCGCGUUGCAAUGCGGAUGCUUUUCUUUUCCUACUUACGGUCAGCACUGGUCGCCCUGAGCCGCUAUAGUCAACAGCAAGACACCGCCAAUGCGGUAUGGUGUCAGGCUAGUGGAAAGCUCCUCUCGGACGAAACCAAUGAUGACGCGAUUCGUGGAGCAGCAGUUCGUGAGGGCGCCAAUCGAUCCGACCGUGGAUCGCCUACGAUCUGCCCGGGUCCUCAAUAG